ACGUAUGUAAAAUCUGUGGUAUAAGUGUCAAUGUCAAAAGGAGGAGUUUUCGUGGAGGUUUUGCGAGCGCAGUGUUAUCAAAUUGUGAAUUUUGUGAAAUCCGUGUGAAAUACAAUCCUCGUGGGAGCUGUGAAGAUUUGGAAAUAGAGCAUGUCGUCUCGCCACCUGCGCAAGGUGCUCGGGGACCAGAGCCUGCCCCCGCCCGAUGACUCUGAAGAGGAGGGGUACGAGCCGCCCUGUGUCCAGGCACCAACUACCAGCCGAUACGCUGGGCUGGACAUAGCGUCGGCGUCCGAACACGAAUCUAAUAAUGAGGAUGCAGACGAAGCCGAGGACAGUGGAGGCAACGAGGCGGCCGCGCUGCCGCCGCCGCGGCCCAAGCGGCGCAACAACCGGAGGAACCGCAAGGCACAGAGGGCUGCUGCACGGCAAGCUGCGGUUGAAGACGAGGUAGACCGAUCAGUCCGGGAGGUGAAUGAGCUUCUAGGAGAGGCGGAACCCGCCCCUGCAGGAAAGCCAGUCCCAGCAGACAAGCCCGCUCCAGCCAAGCCAUCGCCUUUUCUCAGACAUGAAGAUGCUAUGAUUAUUCUGAGCAAGCAUCUGAACGCUAUCAAUGAGCAGACCAGGAUGUUUGGACAUGACGUCGUCAAUGGUGGCGAAAAUAGGAGGCGUGGACGUCAGCCGGUGGUGGCGCGUCAUCUGAAGAAAUGCACCAUCGUCCCCCUCGAAAAGUACCUUGGACGCUUCAAGAAAGUCGGUCUCUCAAUGUCCCUCAACCGUCGCGAGGAGGGUCUGGACUACUUCACGUUUGACCACAGCGCUGACUACCAGCGCCGCCACCGCCACUACCUGGCCACGCGGCCCGGCUCGCCCGAGGGAUUGGACCUGCAGCUGCUGCAGACGCACAUGAUUCAGUCCAUGGAGCAUUACCAUGUUGAAGUCAUGGUCGAGUGCGCUAACGCCAUGUUCAACAUAGAAAAUUAUUCCGAGGCGCAAACACUGCUGGAGCAAUCCAUUGCUUACAUGCAAUAUGUGUCUCAUCCGUCAUUUGAUCUCACUGAUCCAAACGUGCGACUGGAGUACAAAUACGUGGAGAACCGACCGUUUUUCAUCGCAAUUCUCAAGUAUUUGCACAUGCUGACCAACAAGGCUUGCCACCGUACUGCGUUGGAGCUCGCCAAGCUACUACUGAACCUUGACCCAGAGGACCCGGUGGCAGUUCUUCUAUUCAUAGACGUUCUGGCACUGAGGGCCAGAGAGCACGAAUGGUUCGUCACGGCGGUGCAACGCUGGACUAUCGAACGAAGCGCCCGCUUCUUAUUCAACAUCAAGUUUUCGUACGCGUUGUGUCAAUACCAUCUAGCUUUGAAGCAUAAAACGGACUUGGGGCUAGCCAGCAACUUGCUGGAGGAAGCUCUUGUCCACUACCCGGCGGUGCUGAUGCAGAUCAUGGACUGCGCCAACCACAAGCCCGACGAACGUCUGAGGCAGCACGAGUUCUUCACGACGUUCGCGACCUCUACGUCGAACCAGAUCCUCAAAGAUCUGUACCGCAUGUACGCCACAUUCACCUGGCCCAAGUGGCGCGAACCCGGAGUCAUGGAGUGGGUGGAAACGGUAGCCCUGGGCGUCCUACAUAGCUAUGACACCCUCCAGUCUAUGCGGGACCGAGCGCACACAGCUACGAACAUUCGCAUGACCAUUUUCAAAGCGUUCCCGAUCCAGGCGAUGCGUCAUCUGAUCAUUAUCAAGCCAAUGGAAAGCUUGAUUUGCGAAGACGCAAUUCCGUCAGUGGAGAGUCCGAUGGCAACUGACCCGAAGCCAUCCCCUGACACCAUAAACCGAUACAAGUACCCUGAGCCCGCCGGCCCAAGGGUGCCCCAUGCUAACAGCGGAAUACCAUUGAUGCAGUUUUUCUGGUCAAUGAAUCCGACCAUAAACCUUCCCACUCUACCGGAGCGAUUCCAACCGUUUCCGCCACCAGAGGUAGAGGUGCGGCCCUGCGUGUACUGCCGCCUGAUGAACCCCGCCGCCUGCGCCCGCGCCGGCGGCGUGGUGGCGGAGCGCCCGGGCCGCCGCCGCCUGGCCCACGCCUUCGCCGGCCUCUACCGCAUCAUCAACGCCCACCGCGCGCGCCAGCAGGCCUUGGCGGAGCUAGCGUCCGACUCCGACGAAGCUUCCUCGUCCUCUGAAGAUGAAGAGGAGAGCAGUUCGGAUGAGGACGACGAGCAGGACUGAUAUCAGCCUAUCGACGGGUUCAAGUGUCUGAGCAUGCUCAGUACUUACUUUAUGUAAAUCCGGUUUUUCUCGCUCCUGCUAUUUGGUUACAGUGAUGAUGGGUUGCGGUAUGGUUCUGUCGCUUUAUGUGUUGCCUGACCUAUACCUACUAUGUUGGGUAGUAAGUGUAAAAAACUAAUAAAAUAUGUAACCAAGUAAAAAAAAAGUUGUGCCACACUAGAAUAGGAUGCUUUAAUAAAUUAUUAAAGGUUUUUUUCAUUAUGGCGAUGGAGGGGGAUCUGAGGAUGUGGGAGGGUAUUGUGCAAUUAUUAUUAAGUUUUUAACUGACACCUACUACCGGUCUGUUUAGUUACAAGGAGUUUUUUCCUAUUGUCUAUUGACUGGAUUACGAGUUGGUUUUAGAAGUAAGGAAACCGGAUCGGAUUUAAGGGUAUUGGAAUUUUGAACGGGAAGCGUUCAACUUUCGGGUUGGUGAGGAAAGAUUUGCAGCCAUGGUCUAAAAGAGUUUUCUUGUGUAAACUUACAUAAGUAGCAAGUUAGUAACUAAUCGUUUUAUUCGCUCUAUGGAGGUUUUGCCGAAAAGUGUCCUCGGCUUAUUUAGGUAAUUCUUUAAAAAAAACUAAGUAUAUUAUUAAUAUUUAGUGCUGUUCAUCCAGUUCUUAUGAAUAAGAACGAAAGAUCGAGGGUUAGAUUAUGGAAAUUGUGUGAAACCUUCGGGUAGACUAACUCUGUUUGUCGCGUUUGGGCUAGUAAGCCGUUUUCUCGUAGGUGUUUAAUUAUUAUCCUUAGCCGUUUCGACGGUCAUCUGAGUUACCACCAGUAUUUAAAGCUUGUUCAUGUCAAAACUAUUUCAUGUGACGUCACACGUUUUAACC